UAGCUCAGGAUGGCGGACGGGAGGGGAGGGGCCGGGGGCGGAGCCGCGGCCUGCCGCCCGCCCGCCCGCCCGCCAGCCAGCCCUCCCCCCUGGCCGGCUCGGCUCCUCCGCGCUGCUUGGGGUCCUUUCCUCCCGGUCCCCGCCUGCCAGCCCCCGCCGCGCUGUGCCCUGCCCGGCCAGGCCUGGAGCCGACACCACCGCCAUCAUGCCGGCCGUCUCCAAGGGCGAUGGGAUGCGGGGGCUCGCGGUGUUCAUCUCCGACAUCCGGAACUGUAAGAGCAAAGAGGCAGAGAUUAAGAGAAUCAACAAGGAACUGGCCAAUAUCCGCUCGAAGUUCAAAGGGGACAAAGCCUUGGAUGGCUACAGUAAGAAAAAAUAUGUGUGUAAACUGCUGUUCAUCUUCCUGCUUGGCCACGACAUUGACUUUGGGCACAUGGAGGCCGUGAACCUGCUCAGCUCCAACAAGUACACGGAGAAGCAGAUAGGUUACCUCUUCAUCUCGGUUCUGGUGAACUCAAACUCCGAGCUGAUCCGGCUCAUCAACAACGCCAUCAAGAACGACCUGGCCAGCCGCAACCCGACCUUCAUGUGCCUGGCCCUGCACUGCAUCGCCAAUGUGGGCAGCCGUGAGAUGGGCGAGGCCUUUGCCGCUGACAUCCCACGCAUCCUGGUGGCUGGGGACAGCAUGGACAGCGUGAAACAGAGCGCGGCCCUGUGCCUACUACGGCUGUACAAGGCCUCACCCGACUUAGUGCCCAUGGGCGAGUGGACAGCCCGGGUGGUGCACCUGCUCAACGACCAGCACAUGGGUGUGGUCACGGCCGCUGUCAGUCUCAUCACCUGUCUCUGCAAGAAGAACCCGGACGACUUCAAGACGUGCAUCUCCCUGGCUGUGUCUCGCCUGAGCCGGAUUGUCUCCUCGGCCUCCACCGACCUCCAGGACUACACCUACUACUUCGUCCCGGCGCCCUGGCUCUCGGUGAAACUCCUGCGACUGUUACAGUGCUACCCACCGCCAGAGGAUGCUGCCGUGAAGGGGCGGCUGGUGGAGUGUCUGGAGACCGUGCUCAACAAGGCCCAGGAGCCCCCCAAGUCCAAGAAGGUCCAGCACUCCAACGCCAAGAAUGCCAUCCUCUUCGAGACCAUCAGCCUCAUCAUCCACUACGACAGUGAGCCCAACCUCCUGGUGCGGGCCUGUAACCAGCUGGGCCAGUUCCUGCAGCACCGGGAGACCAACCUGCGCUACCUGGCCCUGGAGAGCAUGUGCACGCUGGCCAGCUCCGAGUUCUCCCACGAGGCGGUCAAGACCCACAUCGACACUGUCAUCAACGCCCUCAAGACGGAGCGGGACGUCAGUGUGCGACAGCGGGCCGCUGACCUCCUCUAUGCCAUGUGUGAUCGGAGCAACGCCAAGCAGAUCGUGUCAGAAAUGCUUCGGUACCUGGAGACGGCUGACUAUGCCAUCCGUGAGGAGAUUGUUCUGAAGGUGGCCAUCCUGGCCGAGAAGUACGCAGUAGACUAUAGCUGGUACGUGGACACCAUCCUCAACCUCAUCCGCAUUGCGGGCGACUACGUGAGUGAGGAGGUGUGGUACCGUGUGCUGCAGAUCGUCACCAACCGUGAUGACGUCCAGGGCUACGCUGCCAAGACCGUCUUUGAGGCGCUCCAGGCCCCCGCCUGCCAUGAGAACAUGGUGAAGGUCGGCGGCUACAUCCUCGGGGAGUUUGGGAAUCUGAUCGCUGGGGACCCCCGCUCCAGCCCCCCAGUGCAGUUCUCUCUGCUGCACUCGAAGUUCCAUCUGUGCAGCGUGGCCACCCGGGCCCUGCUGCUGUCCACCUACAUCAAGUUCAUCAACCUCUUCCCGGAGACCAAGGCCACCAUCCAGGGCGUGCUGCGGGCCGGCUCCCAGCUGCGCAACGCUGACGUGGAGCUGCAGCAGCGCGCCGUCGAGUACCUCACGCUCAGCUCAGUGGCCAGCACGGACGUCCUGGCCACAGUGCUGGAGGAGAUGCCGCCCUUCCCGGAGCGAGAGUCGUCCAUCCUGGCCAAGCUGAAACGCAAGAAGGGGCCCGGGGCCGGCAGCGCCCUGGAUGAUGGCCGGAGGGACCCCAGCAGCAAUGACAUCAAUGGGGGCGUGGAGCCCACCCCUAGCACUGUGUCGACGCCCUCGCCCUCUGCCGACCUCCUGGGGCUGCGGGCAGCCCCUCCCCCAGCCGCACCCCCAGCGACCUCGGGUGCAGGGAACCUCCUGGUGGAUGUCUUCUCCGACGGCCCGGCUGCCCAGCCCAGCCUGGGGCCCACCCCCGAGGAGGCCUUCCUCAGCGAGCUGGAGCCGCCUGCCCCUGAGAGCCCCAUGGCUUUGCUGGCUGACCCAGCUCCAGCUGCUGACCCGGGUCCUGAGGACAUCGGGCCGCCCAUCCCAGAAGCCGAUGAGCUGCUGAAUAAGUUCGUGUGCAAGAAUAAUGGGGUCCUGUUUGAGAACCAGCUGUUGCAGAUUGGAGUCAAGUCGGAGUUCCGGCAGAACUUGGGCCGCAUGUACCUCUUUUAUGGCAACAAGACGUCCGUGCAGUUCCAGAACUUCUCACCCACGGUCGUCCACCCUGGAGACCUCCAGACUCAGCUAGCAGUGCAGACCAAGCGCGUGGCCGCACAGGUGGACGGCGGGGCGCAGGUGCAGCAGGUGCUCAACAUCGAGUGUCUGCGGGACUUCCUGACGCCCCCGCUCCUGUCCGUGCGCUUCCGGUACGGGGGUGCCCCCCAGUCCCUCACCCUGAAGCUCCCGGUGACCAUCAACAAGUUCUUCCAGCCCACGGAGAUGGCGGCCCAGGAUUUCUUCCAGCGUUGGAAGCAGCUGAGCCUCCCCCAACAGGAGGCGCAGAAAAUCUUCAAAGCCAACCACCCCAUGGAUGCAGAAGUCACUAAGGCAAAACUCCUGGGGUUUGGCUCUGCUCUCCUGGACAAUGUGGACCCCAACCCUGAGAACUUUGUGGGGGCUGGAAUCAUCCAGACUAAAGCCCUGCAGGUGGGCUGUCUGCUCCGGCUGGAGCCCAACGCCCAGGCUCAGAUGUACCGGCUGACCCUGCGCACCAGCAAGGAACCCGUCUCCCGUCACCUGUGUGAGCUGCUGGCCCAGCAGUUCUGAGCCCCGGACUCUGCCCCCCCCCCGGGGAUGUGGCCGGCGCCGGGCAGCCCCUAGGACUGAGGCAGCUUUGGUGGAUGGGGCAGCGAGGGGACCUCCACUGGUGACAGGGAAGACCCCAGGGGUGGGGGGACGCCUGGAACCUUCCUCCGGCCUUUUGUAUUUUUAUUUUUGUUCAUCUGCUGCUGUUUACAUUCUGGGGGGUAAGGGGGAGCCCCCUCCCUCCCUUUCCCCCUUAAGCACAGAGGGGAGAGGGGCCAGGGAAGUGGGCGCCUCCUCCCCUCCCACCCCACCCCACCCCAUCGUAGCCCCUCCUGCCCCCUCCCCAUCCAGGGGCUGUGUAUUAUUGUGAGCGAAUAAACAGAGAGACGCUAAUAGCUGUGUGUGUGGGACUGGCUCACGGCCAGGUGUCAGAGGAGUGGGGUGAGGGCAUGCAGAGUGUGGGUGGCCAAGCCCCGCAGCGCGUGGGUGGGACUCUGGGCGGACAGCAGUAGCAGCCGCCGCGGCCCCGACUGCAGAGCCACCAGCCGCCAUCCCGUGCCUGGCUCCUCGGGCCCGGACACCAGGUAGCAGGCUCUCGGCACCUGGCUCCUCUGGGCCGCAUCCUCCACCUUCUCCUCUGGUGACCCC